ACCAGUAAACUGCUAACGACUAAAACGACGGAUAACCAAACCGUUUAAAAAGCUUUCUCUGUCAUGUGAGUUGCCUUGGAGAGUCGGUUAGUCUUAUUAGUGACUAUGGCGGGGGACGAGAGCUGCGAGGUCUCCGAAAAUGCCUUAAAACGACCCGAAACCACCGCCACGACGGAGUACUGCGCUAAGCUGCAGCAGUGGAUGUGGCAGUAUUACUGGGGCUACGCCGGCUGGCAGAGCUGGCUGUCGCUGUCAGCUCUCCCUUUUUUCCCGCCGUGCGCGGUGGCCCAGACGCCCGGCGACUCUGCCUCGACUUCCAACACCGGACAGGCGGCUUUUGACCCGCGAAGCUGGUACAACUAUUCAUUCAGCCCUCCUGGGUAUUACCCUUCCCCCGCGGGUGGCGACCGGACGGAGCAUAGCCCGGCCGCGGCUGCUGCCCGGCCGGCCCAGCAGCAGCAGCAGCAGACCGGGAACCCUCCCCAGGCAGGUCGUGAAUACACAAUCCCCUCUCCUCUCCAGAGAUUCCUGGCAGAGACUGUGGAUUUCUUCAUCCUGUUUUGUGUGAAGGCCACUAUUGUGUUGUGGAUCAUGCACCUUAGUGGUAUGAACUCAGAUGAUAGUUCCGUAGCUUUGGGACUGAUCUCUGCUUUUUCCAGGGACAUUGCAAAGUUUAUAACCCACUUCAUCAUCGAGGAGAUCGACGAGAACACGUCCAUGGAGGACCUGCAGAAGAUGAUGGCCGUGGCUCUGGUGUACAGGGUCCUGGUGUGCGUCUAUGAGACAAUCUGUAUUUGGGGUGCUGGUGGAGCCACUCCGGGGAAGUUCCUGCUCGGUUUGCGGGUGGUCACGUGCGACACCACCACUCUGGUUCGACCCAACCGUGUCCUUGUGGUCCCAGCAUCUAACGUCUCCCUCUCUGCUUCUACAGUGCGGGCACUGAACAAGAACUUCUCCAUUGCUUUCCUCUUUCCCGUUUUCAUCACGCUGCUCUUCUUCCAGCACAACAGGACUGUUUACGACAUCGUGGCGGGGACCAUAGUUGUCCAGCGCAGAGGGGCCAGAUAGCCUCUCCUCUGACAGACUCACUUCACUUUUUAGCGACAGAGUACAGCUGUCCCGAGAAUUGAUCUAAAAUCUGAUCUAUUUGCACUGCAGAGACUAAUGUACUGGCUCCUGACGUCACUGGAAGCAGGUUGGACCGCACUUUAAAAUGUACAGAUUUUUAAAGGCGUCAUGAUUUUGACUAUGUUCAGUAAUAUGUAUUUUUUAUUGAAGAGAAUUCAGUUUUGAUAACUGAUCCAACCGAUAAGCUUUUGGGGAACCCUCUGAGGUAUUGUGAGUUUAAUUUUCCAACUACAUUCAGCCCUAACAGCAUUAAAAGGUUUUGUCAAAAAGUCCAGACAGGUGUCCUCACACAAUGAGGAAUAUAACAUGGAUAUGAAGUCACGAGAAAAGGUUUCCUUACAUUUUGGAAUGGUAGGAUUUGUUAACCUGUAACUUUGCUGACCUCUAGUGGCUGAAGCAGAGAGAAUCAGAAGCUAUCCAGCAGUCAGUUUGACCAAAUUUUCUUUUAUUAUUCUUUUCGUCAAGGAAAUAUUGGCAAGUUAAAAGUUUGGUCUGCUGAAUUUGUAACAUUGUGAUUGUCACUUAUGCUCUCACGUUGAAGAUGAAACCUGGUCAAGCUGCUUUGUGCCUGUUUGAAGUAUUGUUUUGAUAUGGUCAAAUGUAUCAAAGACUUCUCAUGUGGUCCAAAUAUGUGAAAUUUGUCAUUUCUAUGCCUAAAUUCUGUCAUUUGUGACUCAGGGCAAUUUGGCAAUCAAAGAUUCUUUUUGUUUUAGUGAAUUGUACAAAGUCUUGGCUGUGGUCAGAUUUCUACAUUUGCACAAUGUGAGACUCUCCUGGUAUUAAAUAUUUAUGUUUUAUUCACACUGUUUCCAUUUAAUUUUCUUUGACUCAUGCUGUGAAAAUGGCUGAUAGAA